CAGUCUUUCACUUCUGCCUCUCCACUCUCAUGCCUUUCUUGGUCGGACCAACCCAACCGGCGAUUUCCGACAAGUCUUUCUGCUUAGAGCAAGAAGCGGAACCAAAAUAAAGCUUUCUUUAUUUUCAUUUAUGGAUAACCAAUCCAUUUUCCAAUAUAGUUGGGAGAUUUUACCCAAGAAAUGGGUACAUAAAAUGAAAAGAUCGGAACAUGGGAAUAGAUCUUAUACCAAUACUGACUACCCAUUUCCAUUGUUGUGCUAUCUAAAAUGGCAUACCUAUACAAGGGUUCACGUUUCGAUCGAUAUUUGCGGAGUGGAUCAUCCCUCUCGAAAACGAAGAUUUGAAGUUGUCCAUAAUUUACUGAGUACUUGGUAUAACUCACGCAUUCGUGUACAAACAAGUGCAGACGAAGUAACACGAAUAUCUCCGGUAGUCAGUCUAUUUCCAUCAGCCGGCCGGUGGGAGCGAGAAGUAUGGGAUAUGUCUGGUGUUUUUUCCAUCAAUCAUCCGGAUUUACACCGUAUAUCAACAGAUUAUGGUUUCGAGGGUCAUCCAUUACGAAAAGACUUUCCUCUGAGUGGAUAUGUGGAAGUAUGCCAUGAUGAUCCAGAGAAACGUGUGGUUUCUGAACCCAUUGAGAUGACCCAAGAAUUUCGCUAUUUCGAUUUUGCUAGUCCUUGGGAACAGCGUAGCGAUGGAUAAUUCCGAAUCUACAUA